UCCUGCGUCGCUAGCUACGGUUACAUGGAAUUUCCGUCCGCGAGGCGAGCUGUUCUGCAGCUGCUCCGUACUGUGGCUCCGGCCGACCUCCCGGCGCUGCUGCAGUGGAUGCGAACUACCCGAGAUUUUGAUGAAUUCAUUCAAGAUAAUAACGACACUAUGUUGAAAAACAUAGCAGAAGAUCUUCGGAAUUGCUUACCUCUGGAAACCAUGCUUUCCUCAGAACGUCUAGCCCUCCAAAAAAUACAGCAGCAGCCAGAACCCACAGUUCACAUUGAUGCAUUCCUUUAUGAUGAAGACUUUAUUGAUUCAUUAUGUGAGGAAGGAAAAAUGAGCAGAAACUACUGUAUGGCGUGUGGCUCACACCAGACAGCACCUUUAGGAUUUAUUUCUCAUUCCUUCUCCCUCAUGGAAUUGAAGUUCAUUUACCAUCACGUACUCCCUGAUCUUUCUGGAAAGGUCUUGGUUGAUGUUGGCUCCAGGCUCGGCACAGUCCUUUAUGGGGGUUAUCUUUACAGUUCAGCAGUACAACUCUGUGGAGUAGAACUGAAUGGAGACUUUUGCCAGUUACAGGAAAUGGUCAUAAAAAAAUAUCAGUUCACUGACAGAAUAAAGGUGCUUCAUGCAGACAUUUGUACCCAGGAUGUCCUUCUGCAAAAUGCUGAUGUUGUUGUCAUGAAUAAUGUCUUUGAAUAUUUUCUGAAUGAGACAGAACAGGCCAGAGCCUGGGAACAUAUGAGUCAUAACAUAAGGAAGCAAGGAUCAUUAUUAGUGACAGUACCAAGUCUGGAAGAUUCUCUCUCGGGUCUUCAGACAAAUAUACAGUUAUCCUCCUGGGUUGAAGAAAUACCACUGAACUAUGAUGUGUACCCACAAAAGGACAUUGACAAAGAAGCUCUUGAACAAAUUCAUUUAUAUAAGAUUCUCUAGCACGAAAAUAAUUCUGCCUCACUGUACUGUUUUGUUAGUAUAUUAUAAAAUAAUGAAAAAGGAAUAUAACUCCAAUGUCCUAAUACAUAUUUUUUCUGCAUAGUCUCUUCUAGUCUUUGUACAUGAUUGCAUAUUUGUAAAAAGUUGUAUAUAUACAACUUUGCUCUGAGUUGUAUAAUAAUUAAAGUAUUU